UUACUUUCAAAAUCCAGGGGAAAAAAACAUUUUCAAUGUAGGGUGAAUUAAUAGCUAUGCAGCAUUAUUAAAUCUGGCAUAUAUUUUAAAAUUGCCUAAUAAAACAAUUUUUUUUAUUCCCUAGGCAACAAUCUUCAUGACAACUUUUUUUUUUCGCUCUUCGUUAAAGAAAGGUGGCAGAUUAAAGAAGCCAGCCAAUGGAGCUGCUCCUUUUAUAAACCCUAAACCCCAAAGGCACUUUCAAAGCUAGAGAGAGAGAGUGAGUUCGUUGAAGAAGAAGACACACACACAUAUAUUGCAAUAACUCAAUCGAUCUAGAAGCUUCCGAAAUGAACUUAUCGAUGGUGAGUUCAACGAAACCAGAAGAUUCCAGAAACUUAUCUUCUUCUUCUUCUUCUUCCAAUAAUGUCGCUGGAUCUCUACACCGUCACAUCAUCACCAGAUCUGAUCACUGUCCGACAACCUUCGUCCAAGCCGACACUUCCUCCUUCAAACAUGUCGUCCAGAUGCUCACCGGCUCAUCCCCUCCCACAUCCCCAGAUCCACCUCCUCCGCCGAAGAAACAGACGGGAUACAAGCUCUACGAGCGGAGACAUAACAUCAAGAACAGCCUCAUGAUCAACACCCUCAUGAUCCGCGGCGGCGGCGGCGGAGGAUUUAGCGGUAGUACGGGAAUUUCACCGAGGAAUCGGGAGAUUUUGUCGCCGAGCUGUCUGGAUUUCCCGAAGCUUGGUCUGAACAGCCCCGUAACGCCGCUGAAGAACGAAGGAGACCUGUUCGACAAGACGUCGCCAUUGUCGGAGGAAGAGAGAGCGAUUGCGGAGAAGGGUUUUUAUCUGCAUCCAUCUCCGAUUCCUACACCCCGAGAUUCGGACCCGCAGCUGCUCCCUCUUUUCCCAGUGACUUCCCCUAGAGUCUCGCCGGAGGAAUCUAAUUGAUUGAUAUAAGGGGAGGAGAGAGAAAGAGACGUGUGCAAUUUUACUGCGGCUGUAAUAUCUUUUUACCUUCGUGAUAUGGUUAAGAAGUAUUUUCAGUCCCACUUCUUUAUACUAUUUGCAAAACGUGACUAUAAAAAAUAAACGAUCAGUUUCGUCCCCAACAGUUUGUUCUUCCGAGGGCACAUUAGA